CAGAGGUUAGACGCCCAGAAGGCAAGGGGUGCUUAUGUCAGCAAUAUUCUUGCGUUUUACCAGACACCUCGACUACUGUCAACUUCGCGACCAAGGAUCAACUCACCGUGAGGUCAACCAGAUUAACUUCCAGUUGAACAUAUAAAAAUGCCAGAAGAACGUGGCAAGGCAUGGCCGUUCGCAGAAGAGGACUUGACUAAUUCUAUCCUUGAUCUCGUUCAGCAGGCCGGCCAGUAUAAACAGCUGAAAAAGGGCGCUAAUGAAGCCACAAAGACUCUCAACCGCGGUAUCGCGGAAUUCAUCAUCCUUACCGCGGAUACUGAACCUUUGGAAAUUUUACUGCACCUUCCGCUUCUUUGCGAAGAAAAGAACGUUCCUUAUAUUUUCAUACCGUCGAAGGCUGCUCUGGGUCGUGCAUGUAAUGUUUCCAGGCCUGUCAUUGCUGCCAGUGUAACUACCAGCGAGGCCCGCGAACUGCAGAGUCAGAUUCGCAACAUCAAAGUGGCCAUUGAAAAGUUGAUGGUCUGAGUAGCUAUCAUCGAUCCCUGGACAUGGUAUGCAUUGUAUAGUUGAUCAUAAUUGAAGGAGUCA